AUGUUUGCGACGCCAAGGCCAACUGACGAUCGAGGAAAAACCCUUGCGAGAAACACUCUGUUGCACCUUUCAAAGGUAACAGUCAGUAAAUUAGAUACAUUAAUCAUGGAAGAUAAAGUGGAUUUGUUUGAAAAUCAUCAAAGUGAUAACUCUGCAAAAAAUAAUGAAGGAUUAGAUAACAAAUUAAAUAUGCCAUUACAUGACCAAAAACAGGAUCAAUCUCCAGUGAAAAACAGUGCUGUAAGAAAAAGUAAUCGAUCCCGCAAAACACCUGUACAUUUAUCAGAAGCCAUUACUGAUGCACAUGCAGUUGGUGAAUCAAUUCAGAAAAGGUUGUUAAAGACUGCUAUGGUUAUUUCUCAGAAACAGACAAAGCUGCCUUCCCGUCAAACCAAUCCAUAUCCAGAUUUUAGAUGCGAUCAUUGUGGAUCACGUUAUGUUGUUAAUCCAAUGAGGAGAGGCAAUAAAGUUAGCUUUUCCAAAUACAAGGCUGCUCCAAGACACAAAAUUGAUCCUGAAACACAAAAGAUAUUAACGUUGUGCAAUGCAUGUGGGUUAAAAUUUGGAAGACAAAAGAAAGGUAGACGGAAAGAAGAGAUUUCCAUAGAAGAACAGAAGAAAUUCAUAGAAGAAGGUGAAAGGUUUGCAAAGGAGUUAGGUUUAAAACUGGAAAACCCAGCAGCUGCUCGUUUGUUUUGCUCUAAUAUGACCAAAUCAGCUUGUGGGUGCAUACAGAAAUACAUUUGUGUAUCAGAAACUGCAAAUGUGGACGAAAUUUUAAACAGAGGUAAAGAAUUGCUUGAACUUUUAAUGGAAGCGAUGGAGCUGAAGAAACAGAAAUGUUAUGAACUGCCAGUCUUAGAAGAAAAAGGAGCAAAGAGAAGCUCCAUUAAAGUUGGCCUUGGUAAUGGACACCGAAAAUCAAAAGAAUUUGAAGUUUUUGUUCUUACUAAGCGAAGCUAUUUGCGUGAGCAGUUGAAGUUCUGUGAAAAGGGGACACAAAAGAUUUUGUGCUACUCAAAUAAUUUCUUACAUAAAAGAAUGAAAACUGACCCAGAGAAAGGAGUACGUGUUGAACGUCAGAAAGGUAAAGCGGCAUUGGGUAUGUUGAAACCUAUACAAGAUCUACCUUUGGAAACAUGUUGCGUCGACAAUUGCGUCAGGAUGGCAGUAACGCAUGGUCGUCUGUUGGAAGUAUGGCGUCAAAGAGCCGCGUCCAGUCAAGUAGAAGCACGCAGGGUACUUGCAGAGAUGUUAACUCCUUCCGGUGGAAACAGAGCGAACUGCUAUCGCUUCGUAUCGCUUGUAACUGGGUGCAGCAACACCACCAUUGGUAAAGUGAAUGAUCAAAUGAAGAGUACAGGUGGGGAUAGAGAACCUCCAGAACAUGGGUUAAAAAAAUAUCGCAAGGAAAACCCACCAGUAAAGAAGAAUACUACGCCUCAGCCUACGUUUGUACCUUCUUAUCAAAUUCUCCAGACAGCUGCCAACUCAGCUGGUCUUUCUACUAUGAUGCAAGACAUAAAUUGUAAACUCUCCGAACCUUUAACAAAGAAAACCAAGCGUGGAGCGAAAAGCAAAUCUGACCAGAAGAACAAGAAAGCUUCCGCCUAUACGCCAUUGUUAAACGCAUAUAACAUAGUCACUGACAACAACGAGCAUACAACUAAUGUUCAAAACAUAUCUGCAGCUGUGCUCUCAUUAAACGGUAACUAUCAAAAUGGAGGGUUUAUUUCCAUACCAGCAGGUUUAGCAGCCGCCAAUACGAUUGCUAUACCGAACGGUGUUUCCCUUCAAACUGCUCAACAUCAUCUUCAACAGCAACAAUUGCAACUGCAAAUACAACUGCUACAGCAGCAGCUGCAAACAAACCAAACUGCCAGUAUAACGCAUCAAGCAACUGACGCUUCUGAGUUUGUGGUUGCCGUCACCCAUCCGAUGGAACACAGCGUGCAGCAAGUUGCUACUCCGGUUGUCGUACAAUCUGUCACAACGCAACCAAUUGUCCAUAACGUCGCCGCUCAAUCGAUUCUACCCAAUGCCGUGCAAAACGAAGGCGUCUUGUCGACCUUAGUGACUAAUGCUGCUGGACUCAACUUUGUAUCUGCUAGUGGUAAUGUGAAUUUGUUACAUCAACAUCAGUCGCAGCAACCUCAACAGCAACAUUCCCAGAAUAGCGACGGUACACGAGCUAACCUUUCCCUUCUCACCUCAUCAAUGACAAAUACAGGUGAGAUCGGCAUUAUAACACCAAAUAAUACCGUUAAUGUUCUCACGCCUCAAACGAAUAUAACAGAUAAUGCAGCGAGACAGACACGUGCAAUCGAAUCUUUUCGGCAAGUACAUUUAAUUACUUCGCAGUCGCCAACCAUGGCUAUAAGCCAGCCUGUUACAAUUUCUUUACAAAAUCCGACUAUAUCUUUGUCUAACUUACCCACAAUGUUACUCACGCAAGCAUCAUCCAACGAGCAGCAACAACAACAACUACUCAUCCAACCUACAUCAAACCCUCAACGGACUUCAGAACAAUUGAUCAUACAGCGACCGUUGAUUUCGCAGUCGGCAAGCGAUCAGAUUGUCAUGCACCAGUCUCUACCUACAACUCCUUCUAACAGCGAACAAUCUGUCGCCAUGACAACCACAGUAUUACCGCCAAUGUCGUCUUUUAAUGCUGACGCAUUUUUAACGGGUGACGGGUCGACGACUUAUACUGUUAUAAACAGCGGAACAAUUUCGCGACUUCAACAGCGGCAAGGAGAAAGUGAAAGUCAACCGGAAGAUAUACAAGUAUCUUUUUGCAGUCUUAACAAUGCGCAUUCAUAGUAAAAGUGUAAAAAAUGUAGUAUUUAUAUAUUAAUAGGGAAUGUAGUGCACUUCAAUUAUUUUUCAUUUCA